GUAACCGCCUAGCCCUGCUUAAAUAACGAAGGCUAGUAAGGAAAGCUAUCAUUAAGUUUAGAAUUGUCGCAGAAUCACAAUUGCAAGGUACAGGCAGAUACUUUCACUACAGGUAGAUAGUGCAGAGGAAAGGUAGAAUUUGUUUACAAAAAAUCAGGGGACAAUGAAACAGAACUGAAUGGAAAGCGGAUGAGGUGCAGGCGAAUGGAAUGAGAUAAAUUGCUGGGGUUGGGUGAUGGUUGGGCCCAUUCUCUUGAAGUAAUCCCCCAACCUGCUCUCUACCCAUCGCGAGGAUAACGAUAACGAAGACGAAGAAGAAGAGACACAGACAUUACACCUAACCAUCGAAGCGCUCGUGUUUUCGGCGCCUAGAUAUCACAUUUCCCGAGUCCCGACGACCAUCAUGGCUCCUCGAAUACUCGAAUACAACGAUUUCAAGGGAAUUGCGAAUUACAUCAAGAGCGAUGAAUGUAAGAAUAUUGCCCUUAUGCUCGGUGCAGGGAUAAGCACUGCCGCCGGUAUUCCCGACUUUAGAUCUCCAGGGACAGGUAAAGCUAAUCUCGCAAGAUUGGACCUCCCGUAUCCUGAAGCUGUUUUCGAAAUCAAUUUCUUUCGGAAGAACCCUGUGCCUUUCUAUACCCUCGCACACGAGCUUUACCCAGGAAAAUUUCGUCCAACACUAACUCACGCCUUCAUCCGUCUCCUAUCGGAACAUUCUCUUCUGAGCAUGUGUUUCACACAAAAUAUCGAUACUCUGGAACGGCGCGCCGGAGUGCCUUCUGACAAGAUUGUCGAAGCUCAUGGAAGCUUCGCUACUCAACGAUGUAUCAAAUGUAAAACACCAUUCGACGAUGAGAAGAUCAAAGAUAUGGUCGUGAAUUUUGCAGAGAGGAAAGCCGUUCCGAGGUGUGAGAAGAAGGGAUGCAAAGGGCUCGUUAAGCCUGAUAUCGUUUUCUUCGGAGAAUCCCUCCCUGAGUCGUUCUCCCGAGCUCCAUCCAUCAUCCGUUCCGCUGACCUGCUCAUCGUUAUUGGCACCUCCCUCACCGUCCAUCCAUUUGCCUCCCUAGCCAAGAUCUGUCCAGACUCCUGCCAUCGUGUGCUGAUUAACAUCGACCGGGUAGGGGAUUUCGGGUCUCGCGCUGACGAUGUGAUAUUGCUAGGAAAAUGUGACGAGAUAGUCAGAGAGCUUUGCAAGGAACUUGGAUGGGAAAAGGAAUUGAUGAGCCUUUGGGCGGAGACGGCCUACAGCACCGAUGGCACCUCGGCCACGAUCCUCUCUUCUGAUGCUACGCCUUCGGGAUCAAGAACGGCGGCCAAAAGAGAUAACGACCUAGAGGAGGAGGUCGUAAAAUUGGCAGAACAAAUUCAAAAAGUGUUUGAUCUGGAAGGGGAUAAUAACACCGAGGAACCAGGAAAGCCUCCAAAGGAAGCAUACUCUCCUACCGAUAAAGCUAUUCAUGACUUGAGUUCGGGUGGACCUGCUGUUCCUUUAACUCAGCCAAACUCUUCUACCGCAGCUGUCGCGCCAGAACUGGAGCCGGCUCACUUGUCAGUGUCCGCAACGACUUUCUCUGAAGGCAGGAGUACUUCGCAGGAUACUAGCAUUCUGGUCAAUGAAAGGGUCAAUGAAGGAGCUCAACAUCAGGGAACGAUAUAGCUGUGUGCGACGUUCCCUCUCGGGCCUAAGUAGCGGAAUGACUAGAAACGUAUCGAGUGUGUAUAUAACCUGUGGCUACAGGUGAUGAGUGUUCAACAUUCAACAUCCUCGGACCUAGAUUUUACUCCCACCCCCAACUAGGUUCCUUCAGUCUUCAGUGUUUGAAUGUGUUUUGAAUGAAGC